CUGUCAGCUGGAGCCAUGAUCCCAGUGACCUCAAGCAGAGGAAAGACUGGGGUUAACCCACCAUGCCUUCCUUGCUGCUUCAGCCAUACAGGUCACAGGUGAUGAGAUUGCUGGAGGAGUUGGACCAUUACUCUUCCCUAACCCAACUCAUGUCCAUCUACCAAGCAAUCAACAGGACCACCUUCAACUGGACGGACAGCCGUGUUACUGAGUGGGAGAAAUUUGCCGAGCUGGCUAAAUAUGAGCCAGAAUCCCAGAAACCAACCAUGAAAGCUCUCCUGAUCGUGGCAUACUCAGUCAUUAUCAUCAUGUCUCUCUUUGGGAACAUGCUGGUGUGCCACGUGGUGCUGAAGAACAAGAGGAUGCACUCAGCCACCAGCCUCUUCAUCGUCAACCUGGCUGUGUCUGACAUCAUGAUCACGCUGCUCAACACACCUUUCACUCUGGUCCGGUUUGUGAACAGCACAUGGGUUUUUGGGAAGGCCAUGUGCCACGUCAGCCGCUUUGUGCAGUACUGCUCCCUGCACGUCUCCACACUGACCCUGACAGCCAUCGCUCUCGACAGGCACCAGGUCAUCCUGAACCCACUGAAGCAGAGGAUGUCCCUGACGAAGGGAGUGCUGAGCAUCUCUGUUAUCUGGCUGAUGGCAACCUGUUUCUCCCUGCCCCAUGCCAUCUACCAAAAGCUUUUCCAGUAUAACUACAGGGAAGCCACUGUCCGGAGUUUGUGCCUCCCUGAUUUCCCUGAGCCCUCAGAGCUGGUGUGGAAGUAUCUGGACCUGUCUACAUUUCUCCUUCUUUACCUCCUGCCUCUGCUGAUCAUCACCAUCACCUACACGCGCCUGGCCAAGAAGCUGUGGCUCCGCAACGCCAUCGGGGACGUCACCACGCAGCAGUGCAUCACCCACCACAGGAACAAGAAGAAGAGCAUCAAGAUGCUGAUGCUGGUAGUGGUGGUCUUUGCAGUCUGCUGGUUCCCCCUCAACUGCUACGUGGUGCUCAUCUCCAGUCUGGGCAUCAAGACAAAGAACUCGCUCUAUUUCGCCCUGCACUGGUUUGCCAUGAGCAGCACCUGCUACAACCCCUUCAUCUACUGCUGGCUGAACGAGAGCUUCCGCGCGGAGCUCCGGGCGCUGCUGUGCCUCUGCCAGAAGGCCCCGCGGGCUCAGGACCACGCGCUGCCCACGUCCUGCCGCGAGGUGUGGAUGGAGCAGGCCAGGUGCAGGAAGGGAACUGUCUCCCAGACCAUCUGCUCCACCGGGAACCUCCCAACAGCCAACACGGACCUGUGA